AUGCCAACCAUAACCAGUAACAGCAUCUUCAAAACAGUGAUUACUUCCAAUCAAAGUGGAAGGUUCAAAAAGCUAGAGUUUCUUGGUGAUGCAUAUCUGGAAUUUGUUAUAACCGUUCUCUUGUUUGAAAGGUUCCCUAAUCUUCAAAAAAAGCUUUUGGUUGAAAUGAUGCGGGAUCUCCUUAGCAAUAAGCACCUCGGAGAUCUCUCAAGACAGAUUGGUUUAUUGAAAGGUACAAAAAGUAUUCCUCAAGGUUCCAAACGACACGCCGACGUGUUUGAGGCAUAUUUUGGUGGAAUAGCGUUGGAGGCUGGAACCACAACGUAUUUUGAUAAGCGCACGAGCAAUGUAUGGGAAGCAUGGAAUAAGACGACAUGUUUUAUGUUAGAAAAAUCCAAAGACAAAUUCAUGGACUUUGCUGAUUUGUAUGCUUCUAGUACCAAUGAAAGAGGAUGUGAGAUCGAGAUAAUUUGUGGUGAUACGAUAGAUCCCUUGCGUAAGAUUACACAAUUACGCAAUAACCGGAUGAAAGACCUUACUGACUUAUUCAAUGCAGAACCAGACGACUACGAGCGACGAUUCAGUUUAGAAAGGUUACAAGUAUUAGGAAAUACCACUUUGAAGUACUUUUUGACCAAAAUUUACAGUGAUAAUCUUACAGACUACACAGUCAAAGAUUUGGCAAACUUGAGAGACUCACGAAUGAAAGAUUCUAAAAUUAUAGGCCUCACCGGAAAGUAUCUUGAUCAGCCUUCAUAUUCGUUACUCUAUAGCUUGUUCAACAAAAACAAAAAAAAACUAGGAUUUGGACCCAACGCAGCAAUUAUCAAACAGUUUCUUGGUUACCUUGUUGCAACGCACUACCUUAAUUCAUCAGACAAAGGAAUGCGUGAACUGUUUCUUCUGGGCUGGAAUGAAUGCGAGUCAUUUGUCAAAUCCAUUUAUUACGAUGAUAUGUUGAAAGAAGCCAGAAAUAAACACAGGAAAUUUAGACAUUCCAAGAUUACCGACCCACGUGUGUUAGAUUCAAGCUACUAG